UGGUAAUUCUCUGAUUAUAACGCCACGUCUCUAUGUCAUUUUAUAUGGUAUCGGCAAAAUCACCUCCAGCGAAAGUCGCUGUUAUGCCCCCUGUGUUUCGGUUGAUCCAAUGGUUGAGGUGUACAUAAGCAAAGUGUCCACUUCUUGCGCCAUUGGAUAUUUUCAAAUGUUUGUGAAUAACGGAACCACCGAUUAUUACUGCCGCUGUAAUGAUUCAGUACCAGUUAUUACCCCAACAUGCUCAACACCUGGAUUUACUUGCCUUGGAAAUGGGCAAUACCCACUUUGUUUCGGAUAUACACAAUGCCAACUGAAAAGCUCUGGUUACAAUUGCUCUUGUGUGGACAUCAUUGGCCGGAGCCGUUCGCAUUGUCAUAUGCCACAGGACUGUCAACAAUCAAGCAGCACAUUUAAUCAACCAUCAAACCCACUAGGUGGAGCCUUUUCAACAAAUAGCGUCUCGACCAACGGCAAGGGUUUGACCAUAAACUGCACAACCGACUUCCUUCUUAAUCACGAUUCCAUAAGUUCAACAAUGGCGUGUCUAUCUACAAAAACCUGGACAACGCUUCGUGCUACGCCAUGUUUACUUCCUCCUCAAAUCUCAACGGCACCAAAUAAUGUGGCAUUGGUCGAAGGAUCGUCCUAUUCAUCAUUUACCUGCACUUCAUACGGAUACCCUAGUCCAAACAUAGAAUGGUACCAUGAUGGUGUUCAGCUUCCACACACUCAGAUCAAUACAACUAUGACCUCGUCUGGAAAUAGAACUUCUCCAGCAUCUUACACCAGCAUACUACCUUUGACAAAUGUGAAAUAUGCUGACCGUGGGCACUACACAUGUGUGAGCAGUGUGAGCAAUACUGGAUUUGAUGGCACCAGUCACAUGACACGUACUGUCAAUGCAACCGCAACCUUAUCUAUCUUGGUGCCGUGCCGCGCCCAACUACCAACACAUUUCCUGGAGACGUCCCACCCCGUAACGGACAAGGCCGGCACCGCACAUUGUGGCCAGACAGCUGCAGACGUCAUUCUAGUGGUCGAUGAGUCCAGAAGCAUGGAGCCACACUACAAAAACAGACUCUAUCAGAUCGUGGGAAACCUAUCCGUGAGCCUUGAGGAGCAUGGCAUUGGUCUCUACCCUGGCAAGCCGAACCAGUAUACAGUUGUUGGCUUUGGCCAUUUGAAAGGAGAGACGGGGUCUGAUGGCCACGCUGGACCACACGUCAUCCGCAGUAACAAUGGUCGUCAGGUGUACGACCUAGCUGGUUUCCGGGAGGCAUGCGCUAAACUACAGAAUACAGGGUCUGUGGAGGACGGCUACCUUGCCAUUAAAUAUGCGCUGGAGAAUAUUACCUCUGAAGGAAGUUCGUUACUCCGAUUGAAGCGCCACGACGUUGCGCCAAUCAUCAUCUUGGUAUCAGAUGCAGACAGGGAUAUCCAACUACAAGGGAAAGGAAUCACACGCAACUCCAUUAAGAAGUUGAUACGCAAGAGUGGAGCUACCCUCGAAGCCAUCGUGGACAACAGCAUCUGGUACAACAACCAGCGAGGCUUUGGAAUGGAUUCCAAAGGCACAUUGUACAUUGCUGAAAACACUACACACUACACAACAUCAAACAAACAGCAACACAAACGCUACUUGGCUUUGCAUUACCGGAACACGCGCAAAGACUACUCUUCCGUUGCCCUGGAGCUGAAGGGCGCUGUGUGGGACUUGAACUCGAUACUGGAUAGUGAUGCGCUGUUUGCUUCCCAUGUGAACGCAUUCGUUGAGAGUACUGUUACCCAUGUUGAGAGCAGGGUGCAUAAGUGUUGCUCGUGCCAAUGUGCUCACGGACCGGAGCAUAGCUCUUUGCACUGCACGUAUGCAUCGUCUGUUCAGGAGUGCAAGCGCCCCUAACUCGCCAAUGGUUGUUACGGUGUAUCCCCUGUGUUGUUCUGAAAAAGGUGUUUUUGACCGUUUUUGUUCCGUGACAUUUCAUAUCCGUAUGCACAGUAAUACAGCAGUUGUGGUAGCAGCAAGAGUUCAUAUGUAGCCUUGGUAGGAGUAGUAUUUUGAUAGGGAAGGCCCUACAGACGUUGUCGACUUGUUACAGUUCAACACUUCACACAGUAUCUUCCCAUUUUGCAUGCAACCAAAUGCCAUGUUUGCAGUCUCAUUCAGAUUCGCACUGUUCCGCAGUGCAGUACAUUUUCAUUUUGAUCCUGCCUUUCUGAGUACAGCUCUGUCGCGAAGCUAGUUGGUUUAAUUUUGCUAUUUUACAUGUUUUAGUUCUAAAGACUUUAUCAUGUUUCGGCACUGCAGCAAUUUGUAGCUUUCUCUUAGUCUAGACGUCUAUGUGGUAAAUAUUGUACUAUGAACUCUGUACGGCAAGUUCUGACACAUGCAAAGUUUGUAGCCUCAGACCCUCUAGGUUUACACAGCCAUGCCAGAGCUCGCAUUUUUCCCAACUGCUGCAUACUGCUGUCCCAAAAUAAUGAAGUGCGCGUGCUCCGUACGAUGUUGCACUGCCACGUUCACUUAUCGUAUAAAUUCUCUUGCAGUCCGAGCAAAUAAA